ACUUCAAACCCUAAAACCAAACAGCACAAUAAUGUUUCUUUCUCUCAGUUUUCUCCUCAUUUUUGGGCUUCUUUGUUUGUUCUUAUGGAUGUUCAGUGGUCUAUUCCAGAAUAAUAAGAAGGUCAUUGUUUACGCUCCUCCAUCUUACCCAAUUAUUGGGUGUCUUUUAUCGUUCUACAAGAACCGCCAUUGCCUGCUGGAUUGGUACACGCAGCUCUUGGCGUCCUCGCCCACCAAAACCAUCGUGGUGGGCCGCCUCGGGGCGCCGCGCACGGUGGUAACUGCUAGUCCUGAGAACGUGGAGUACAUGUUGAAGCACAACUUCCUUAAUUUCCCCAAAGGGGAGCCCAUGAACCAGAUUCUCGGCGAUUUUCUCGGCCGCGGGAUAUUCAAUGUCGACGGGGAUUUAUGGAGCGCCCAGCGCAAGCUCGCCAGCCAUGAAUUCACCGCCAGGUCGUUGAGGGAGCUGGUGAUGAAGACGCUAGAGGAGGAGGUCGACGGCCGCCUUUCCCCGUUGCUGGAAUCGGCGGCCGCAAAUUCCUCGGUUUUGGACUUACAGGAUGUUCUGAGACGGUUUGCGUUUGACACUAUAUGUAAAAUCUCCCUGGGGUCCGAUCCCGGGUGUUUGUGUUCCGAUUCAAAGUCGCCGGCGGAGUCUCUGGUGGAUGCGUUCGAUAAGGCGUCGGAGAUUUCGGCGAGACGCGGCAUGGCGCCGGUGUUCGCGGUGUGGAAAUGCAAGCGGGCGCUCAACGUGGGGUCCGAGAGAAAGCUGAGGGAACAUAUCAAGGUCGUACAUGAUCACGUGGAGGAGAUCAUCCGUGUCAGAAAACAACAAAAAGCGAAAAAUCCCGAAGUUUUCGCCGGGAAUAGUGAUUUCCUGUCGAGAUUAUUGGAUGCCGGGCACGAGUACGAGGUUGUCAGGGACAUGGUCAUAAGUUUCCUAGUUGCCGGGCGGGACACUACUUCCUCCGCCCUCACGUGGUUCUUCUGGCUCUUAUCCAAACACCCAAACAUCGAAAACACUCUCCUCAAACAACUUUUCUCUUCGGAAGGAAUGAAUUUUUGUCAUUUGAGGGAAAUGAAUUACAUCAAAGCAUGCUUAUGUGAGUCCAUGAGAUUAUACCCUCCGGUGGCAUGGGACUCCAAGCACGCAGCAAACGACGACGUUUUGCCCGACGGAACCCCCAUUUAUAGAGGCGAUAGGGUCACCUUUUUCCCAUACGCAAUGGGGAGAAUGGAGGAUCUAUGGGGAAACGACUGGGCCGAGUUUAAACCGGACCGCUGGUUCGACCAAGAAGGGAAGCUGAAGAUGAUUAGCCCGUUUAAGUUCCCGGUUUUCCAAGCCGGUCCACGGGUGUGUUUGGGCAAAGAGAUGGCUUUCAUUCAGAUGAAAUUCGUAGUGGCCUCAAUUCUGCGCCGGUUUGAGAUCCGACCGGUGUGCACCGAGCAACCGGUUUUUGUCCCCCUCUUGACCGGAUACAUGGCUAAAGGACUCUACGUUAGGGUUCAGAUGAGGGAAGGUUACAAUAAUAAUAAUAACUAAAUAUAGCAUAGUAUUGCUGAUAGUAUUUUUAAAGUCUUGCUAAGGCUUGACGUUUACAUGUUCAACCAUAUGAGUUGACCACCGACUAUCAUUUCUUUUAUAGUAAG